AUGGCGCCCACAGCUCUUAACCCAUCCUGGCAGGGGAGGAGUCAGCUGGAGCCUAUCCUGGUCGAGAGCACACAAUCCAAGACCUGCUCAGGUCCGGGUCGGCACCCCCAGAAUUGCUGCUCCCAGCGAGCCAGUGAUGGCGAUUCGGAGUGUCGCAACCUUGUCUCCCAUGAAACCCUUGCCGGGAUGAAUACUGGACCAGUACCGUAUUCGAGUACUCAUGUCGCCGGAAUUAGUCAUAGGUCACGUGAAUUUGUAGAAGGUUGAUUAACUUGUUUUUCCUUCACACAUAAUGUCAACUAUCGUCACAUCCGAGACUGGAUUGAGGAGCCCUUCUGCAUAUACUCUUAACAUCUCUCAUCUCCCUUCCACUGACUUUUUUGUCUAAGAUUUCUUCUCAAACAGUAUCUGGUCGAAAGAAUCGGGAAUUGUGGAAAUUUAAGAUUCAAACUACUGUUGCCCAAUCCGCCGCUCGAGCAUACGGAACAUUCUACUGACAACAAGAACUCCAGAGGCUGCUUUGCCAUUCUCCGAUUUACUGAUUUCUCCUACCAGAGGCUGUAAUGGAUACACCGAUUUCGGUUCGAGGAGCUGCUUUAGCCUUGCACUUAAUUGCAGGCAAAAAGUAGACAGAAAUCAGCUAAAUUCUGAAACUCUACCCAGAUAUAGUAUCACUCUUUUGCCACGAAGCUAUUGGGAAGACUAAUACUUUACCUCCAAAUUGGCAACAACCUGAAAAUAUUUUGUCACUCUCCCGUGAUGAAGUCUACAUCCUUUUUCAGCUAUUAGAACCAGAACAACACAAUGGUGAUGAGACUGUACAAGCGCCUGGACGUCUACCGAGAUCGGUAGCUGGUUCAGAGCAAGCAGAAGAGUUACGUCACAGGAUUUUGCAGGAUGCAGAACAUCAAGAUAUGCCUUGGAUUGAUGUUACUCGAGAGACGGGACUAGAUAUUGCUCAAUCAACAUUAGAGAACGUUGUACACAAGGUUCUUGACAUUUACUACUACCAAGCCAGAACAAAGCCAAGAUUGAAUUGUAGUACUGAGGAGAGCAGAGUAGAGUUUGCAACUUGGGCCUUGCAAAAGAUUAAUUGCUAA